GGGGGGGGGCGCGAAGGUUGGGGACCCCCCCCCCCACGGGGGUGGUGGGGACGUGGGGGGGGCUGUCCCCAGCCCUACGGGGGGGGGGGGGGGCGCGACAGUCCCUAACCCUGCCCUGUAACCCUAUGGGGUGCUGGGGGGUUCCCCCUAUUGGGGGGAGGGGGGCCCCCUUUGGGGGGGGGUUCCCCUAUUGGGGAGGGGGUCCCCUAUUGGGGGGGAUUCUCCUAUGGGGGGGGUUCCCCUAUUUCCCCUAUUGGGGGGGGUCAUCUUUUGGGGGGGGGGAGAGCAUCCCCUAUUGGGGGGGGGGUUCCCCUUUUGGGGGGGGCUGCGUUCCCCCUAUUGGAGGGGGGCGUACCCCCUAUUUGGCGGGGGUUCCCCUGUUGGGGGGGGGUUCCCCUAUUGGGGAGGGGUUCCCCUAUUGGGGGGGGGCUCAGCUGCACGCCCCCCAGGAUUUGGGGAGGGGGCUGCCCCAGCUUUUUGCGUGCCCCCCCCCCCCCCCCGCCUUAUUUUUCGUGCUGCAGGACCCCAGCCAUGCUGCCCCCCCGUUGCUGCUGGGCUCUGCUCCUCCUCUGCGCCCCCGCUGCCGGGGGGCUGCUGGGCUGGCUGGCUUUCGGCACCCCUCCCCAGGAGGGGGGGGCCCCCCCCCCGAGGACCGCCGAGCCCCCCCGGCGUCCCCUUCGAGAUGACGACGGGCGACGAGCGCUUCCAGGCCGAGGGGGCGCAGUGGGAGCUGUCGCCCCUGGACUCCUGCCACCGCCAGGUCGUGGCGCGGCUCCGCUCGUCCUGCGCCGACCUGAGCGAGGAGGAGGUGGCCAAGCUGGGGGUGGCCCUGUUCAACUGCCAGGCCGGCGCCGAGGGCCGCCGCACCUACCCCUGCACCCCGGAGAUGCCGCUGGCGAGCUGCACGGCCGCCAUGGACCCCGACACCUGGAGCGCCUACCGCGUCGUCUCGAACCGCGCCCGCGCCGUCUGCUACGCCGCCCGGCAGCUGGGAUUCCGCCGCCGCGCCGAGCACGCCGUGGCCGCCGCCGCCGCCUCCGACCAGCUCGACGCCAUGCGGGCGCUCAAGGAGGGGCACGAGGAGCUGCGGGAGCGGCCGGCCGAGGGGUUGCGGCGGGCGCUGAGCGGGCAGAGGGUGCUGGAAGAGCAGCAGGAGCGCCUCGCGGGGGAGCAGGGCAGGAUGGAGGCUUCCGUCCGCCGCGGCUGGCGGCAGCGGGCGCUGGAGGAGCGGCUCGUCGACGGCGGGCAGCGCCGGGUGGCCCGGCUCGUGGAGGGCGUCGCACGCAGCGUGGGGAACAUCAGCAGGAGCCUGGCAGCGCAGGCCGAGGGGCUGCGGGACGGGCAGCGAGCCAUCCUGGCCGACCUCCGCCGCGUGCAGGAAAGAGCUCGGGACGUCUCCGCCCAGCUAGAGAGCGACCUGGCCUCGCUGCUGGCCCAGCGGAGCCGCGCGGCGCGGUACUUCGAGGAGGUGGCGGGGACGCUGCAGCGCCUCAACCGGAGCCUGGGGCUGGUGCUGGCGGCCGCCGAGGGCGUGCGGAGCGUGCAGAGCGGCGUGGAGGGCCACCUGCGGCGCUUCCACGCCGCCCUCGCUUGGGCCGGGCUGAGCCCCGGCGCCGUCCCCACCUGCGUCCUGCACGGCUCCUACUUUCUGCUGCUGGCCCUGCUGCUGGCCUUCCUGCAGGCGCCCGCGCCGCCCCGCGCCCUCCUCCUCCUCCUCGUCGGCUCCAGCGCCCUCGGCGAGCUCCGUGGCGCUGGACCCAUCGGCUUCCCGGCCCUCGCUGCUCUCCUGGGCCUGGCUGUGGCAGGGCGCUGGGUGCUGGCGGCUGCCCGCCGCAUUGCUCGGCUGAUGCUCCACCAGGCUGAGCCUCGCCAUCACCUCACCUCCACCCCAGAAAGGGGCUGCAAAAUGGGGCUGUUGCAGGAGGAGCUGGACAGGAUGGAGAUGAGCUGCCUGCAAGAGCCCUCGUGCCUGGAGCAGCCGCCAGUGACGGUUGGGGACCCCCACGCAGCAGGGAGGACAUCGCCGGUCCCCGGCAGCUGGAGGACAAAGCUGAGCUUGGCCGCUUCGCCCGGGCACCCCGUCCCCAGAAGGACCUCGUGUGGGGUGAUGCUGGAACCAAGUCUCGGAGCUGGGCAGCGCUGGGAGCCCAAACCCUACAGCCCGUGCCAGUCCCUGGCCAGCAGCAACGCGUCCUCGCUGUCCCCACGGUCCCCGUGCCGGGGGCUCACCAGGGCUGGGCAGCGGUGUCGGAAGAGAGCUGUCCCCGGGCAGGACUUCUGCCACCUCCACGCCCACGGGUCCCCACGCCUCUGACCCCUUUUCCCCUCCCCGUGGGGGGGGGGGGGGGGGGCUAACCCAAUUUUGGCUCUUCCUGAUGCGGGUGGAGAACACAGAGCUGUGCUCAGCACCCUGUGGGUGCCCUCGGGUGGGUAUGGGACUGCUGGGCUCGCCCUGGCGCGUGCCUUCCUGCUCCCACUUGAGCCCAGUGGGGUGGAUACUCCUCGUCCCACCAGUUUUAUGCUAUUUGCACACGUUUUAAUAAAUGCUAGCUUUAUUUA